AUGAACGAGCUCAACCCAAGCAUAUAUACGGUCGUGUGGAUAGCGCCGCUUGAAAUCGAGGCACAGGCUGCCCUUCAUAUGUUGGACAAUCAUCACCGAGGCCGAUUCUCGUUGGAUAAGGGUGACGACUAUGUCUUCCGCGCCGGUGAUAUUGGUGGACAUAACAUCGUCAUCGCUACUCUACCGGCAGGCCAAGAGUAUGGCACCGGGUCUGCAGCUGCGCUUGCCAGUCAAGUCAAGAAAUUCUUUCCAAAUCUCUGGUUCGGAUUACUGGUUGGUGUUGCUGCUGGUCUCCCAAGCCUUUCGCGACAACCACCUCGUGAUAUCCGACUUGGUGAUGUCCUCGUGGGUCUUCCAGAGGGUAACAGCGCAGGCCUCAUAGCCUACGACUUGGGCAAAGAAACGGGAGCUAGUGGUUUCCAACUUUUACGAGGUGGACACGUCCUGGCAAAUACCGAAACUGUUGUCCGAUCAGCCAUCCAGAAUAUCAAACUGAUGGCGCCUCGGGAUGUAAACGAAUUUCAGCCAUAUUACGAAAGCAUCCGGGAUAAGCAGCAUUCCAAUGGUGAAUUCAAUGAUCCAGGACAGGAUCAUGACAAUCUAUACCAAAUAGACGAUACAGGGGUUAGUCAUAUCGUCCAACGAGAACGGCGACCUGAUUCAGAGCGAACUCGGGCGUGGUAUGGACCGAUCGGAUCUGGGGAGAAGCUCAUGAAGAACGCCCAGAGGCGGGAUGAAUUGAGAGACAAGCAUGGCAUCAUCGGGCUAGAAAUGGAAGCCGCUGGAACAUUGAAUCGUAUACCUGUUGGUGUGAUCCGAGGGGUUUGUGAUUAUGGGGAUGAACACAAGAACAAAGACUGGCAACCAUAUGCAGCGGCAAUGGCAGCCGCCUAUGCCAAAGCAAUUUUAUAUGAGAUUAGACCCAAGGCCUCCGCCCCGGCAUAUGUGCACCGUGAAACCGAUGCCCAAGGAAUUCAGUCAAGAUUACCCGUUCGCACAGCCUUUCUUGGGAGAGAGGGAGAAUUGUCUCAGAUGCAACAAUGCUUUGGCUCCGGAUUGUGUAGAAAAUCUUUGGUACUAUGGGGUCUUAGCGGGUCUGGGAAAACACAGCUCGCCGUCCACUAUGUCACUACCAACAAACAGUCCUACCAGUCUGUGUUGUGGAUUGACGGAUCGUCUUCCGCUUUGAUUCAUCAAUCUUUCGAGAACCUUUCACAUCAUAUUUCAGGUUACAACCAAGAGAGACCAGCUAUUGAGCAAGUUAUCGAGUGGCUGGAGAGAGGAACGAACCGUUCUUGGAUGAUGGUUUUCGACGGUGUCCCAGGAGCUUACGAUGUCGAUGAUCCUGAGGACUUCGAUAUCCGAAAAUACCUACCUGCCUGUGACCACGGUCACAUUUUGCUGGUGACAACAGCGUCGGAUCUACACCUGCGUUUAGCCCUCUCCGACUCCGAGAUCCAUCUGGAAGGCGUCGAUGACACUACGGGCUCGGAUAUAUUGCUAAGGUGCGCGGGAAUCCAAGAACCCGAAGAUUCUGGGAAAGCGACAGCGCGGUCGAUUUCUCGCAAGUUGGGAGGCCUACCACUUGCCCUUGAACAAGCUGGCACUUUGUUGUCCUACGGCAUCAUCCGGAUGGAUGACUUCAACAAGCAGUUUCAACAGCGCUUUUCUAGUAAGACCCUCAAAACUCCCACGAAAAGGUAUGUAGGGUCUUAUGAGAAAGGUCGCACUCUGUGGACGGUUUUUGAACUUUCAUAUGAUGGUCUCAUUCAGAGAAGUCCUGACGCAGUCAAGCUUCUUCACCUUGCGAUAUUUCUCAGUCCAGGGUCCAUUCCAUUCAUUUUUGGGAACAAGCCCGAGCCGGGAGUACCUUCUGACUCUGCUCUCGAGACACCUGUCUUUGAAACGGGUCUAGCUGAGACGCAGUCAUUCGGCCUUCUUUGCUGGUUGAACAAAUUACGGUGGAAGGUAGAAAGAUUUGGUGCUGCCGUUAAUGAGCUCGAAUCGUCUGGAUUUGUCAAACUUUGUCGCAGUCAAAGCGAUACUUCCAUCGAAAGCCUUGCGGUGCAUGCCCUGGUUCGUGCUUUUGUUUGUUCAAAGGCAUCAGAAGAAGACAUCCAUGAGAGCUUAGUGACUGCUUUUCUGCUUGGUGGGAAAACACUUCAUUACGGAACAAAAGGUUUCCAAUUGACAGGGCUAUGGAAACAUACUGGUGAACUCAGCCGACUCCUAGUGGCCUUUCUUUCCUCAGUUCCCACAUCAUUCUUCCAAGACCCAGGUGGUAAAUACUUUGUAUUAUGCGGAGCUGUAGCGCCUGUGUACGCCUAUACUUGCCGUUUUCUGGGCGAUUUGGAAGGAUCCAAACGUUUUUGGGAUAUUGCAAUCAAGUACAGACUCAUUGCUGGCACGAACUGGCCGGAUACCGAGUUGCACAUGAAUGAGAUCUUCGAAGCGGCAAGCAUUGAUGUGAAGGUUGGAAGCUUCGAUAUGGGGAUAGAGCGAUAUGAGUUGUUACUUGCUCAUUGUGAUCGUAUCUUCCCAGACAAUGAUGAAAGAGUCGUCCAAUGCGCUGCUGCGCUCCGCGAAGCUCGAGAAAUCUCUCGAAGGCAUGAACAGAACUUUGGCCGGGCCAUCGUGGCACAGAGAGUCGCAAAACAAAGACCUGGUAGUCCGACAUCGGGUGAGGCGACGUCAUCUCUUCAUAAAGCCACAAAAAGUGGAGAUAUAGAAGAAGUGAAGUUGCUGCUCGAAAAUGGAGCAGACAUUGCCGCCCCAGAUGAUCAAGGAUGGACGCCAUUACAUAUAGCCUCAGGUGAGGGCCACACUAAUAUUGUGUGUCUUCUUCUACAAAAAAAGGCAGACAUAAAUCCUACAGAUAAUCGUGAUCGCACCCCGUUACAUCUAGCCUCUCAAUUUGGACGCUCACAGGAGGCAAAACUAUUACUGGAACACGGCGCCGAAGUCGACCGUCAAGACGUUAGAGGCGAAACGGCUUUGAUAUGUGCAGCCCAACAAGGACAUGAGCUGACUGUACGGUACUUGCUGCAACAUGGACCCAGUCUGGAUAUACAAGACAUCGCCGGCGGCACAGCCCUAUAUUGGGCAUCAUGCCGUGGCUCUGAGAAGGUUGUAGAAGCUUUGCUGAAGCAUGCUCCUAAACUGGAUCUACAAAACUACACUACAGGGACGGCUCUGACUCAGGCCCUUGCUGCAAAGCAAGAAAAAACGUCUUGCUUGUUGAUAAAACAUGGUGCUGAUCCGAACAUACGAGGCAGAGAUGGUUAUUUUGCGCUGUACUGGGCAGCUAAUUAUAGCCUGAAUGACACCGUCCUCAUGUUACUGGAAAAUGGUGCUGAUCCAAAUCUUCAAAAUGGCAACGGCCGAACGCCUUUGAUAAGUGCGGCUAUGUUGGGUCGUGAUGCAACGAUCACUUUACUGCUGAAAUACAACGCUCGGCUUGAUAUAAAAGAUAAUACAGGGUCCACAGCCGCAAAUUGGGCAGCUCGCGUGGGUCAUCCAAAUAGAUCGCUUUUGUCGGAAAAGGGCGCUGCUUUCUUGAAUUUUCAGGACGGCAUCGGAGCCCUUCAAAUGCACGAGUAUAUCGAGCAUAAAAGAGACCCUAAAGAGAUGAGCGGCGUGUUGAGAGGUCUAAGAAAGCAGCGGAGAAAGACUGCAAGGACGAUGGGCGAAGCUUGGAAGCGUUUGACGAAGCGCUCAAGGAAGGGGGAGGGUAGAAUGGAGAGCGAUGGUGAUGAUGAUACUUCUCAGGCUGAUGACGAUGAUGAGAGUAUCAUUAGUCUUGAGUCACUUGCGCUGGGAUAA